AUGCCGCGACCCGGAAAAGAUUCGUACGACGAGCAGAAGCCGCCGUACUCGUACAUCUGGCUCACCUACAUGGCCAUCCAGGAUUCAGAUGAGAAAAUGUUGCCGUUGACCGAGAUCUACAAGUACAUCAUGGAUCGGUUCCCGUUUUAUCGAAAAAAUACGCAACGGUUGGUUAGACGGAGCCAAGUUUGAUGAAACUUUUGUUUGAUUCAUUUCAGAUGGCAAAACUCCUUACGCCACAAUCUUUCGUUCAACGACUGUUUCAUCAAGAUUCCGAGAAGAGCAGAUCGGCCCGGAAAGGUAAGAGAUUUGGGAGAAAAUGGGAUCUUACGGGAUAUUCCAUUAGUCACAAAGUUCUGGUCGAUUUCCAGUUUAGCCAUAGAGCUCGAGGGACUCCAAAAUGACGUUCAUCUUCAGUUUUUGUAGAUGAACUUCUGAAGUAUCUUUUGCCAUAGGUAUUCUGUAGCUCUUGAAUCCCAACCACCUCCAGUCACCCUUUCCUUUUCAUUUCCAGGGCUCCUACUGGGCGGUGCACCCGAAUGCUCUCGGAAUGUUCGAGAAUGGCAGUUGCCUUCGCCGCCGAAAACGCUUCAAGGUAGGUCAAUCAUCGCCAUCAAAAAAGGAUUACUGUAGCGCGUGUGUGUGUGUGUGUAAAUUUCUGAUUCUCCAUGGCAUUGGACGUUUAUCAAAAGAUUGAUAGAGAUGGAGAAAAGAGAAUCGAAAGAAAGAAGAAAAAAGUUGCGAUUUGAUUUGUGACUACCGUAAUCGGCGCACACUUCCAAGGUUGGAAAGAGAGCGAAAAAAACGGGGGAAGGCGAUGAAUAUGUGCGGUGCGCGGCGAAUUUGUUUUGAGAAGCGACGGAGAUUAUGAUGAGAAUCCGAUUGGAUACGGAUGGAAAUAUUGGGCGGUACUGUAGGUUGGUGGAAUGUUUGGAUAUUCAUGCCUUCUCUUAACUUUAUCCACGAAAUGAUACACUUUUCGAGAGAAUCCCAGUCAAAAGUUACCCAAACGAUGAGAGCCGAGCUUUGGCGGCUAGAGUUAGAGCUCAACUUUAACUAUUUCGUUUGAAGCUUUUUGCACUGAACAGUUGCCCAGUUCUAGAAUCAAUUGAAUUGAGCCUAAAAAUGAAGAUGAAGUGCGCGAAAUAGUGACAUAUUCUCUCGCGCAGCCAUCUGUCACUUUGCACACGGCAACAGAUGUCAUUGUGUUGAAAUGGAAUGAUAUGUCGCGAGAGAAGACAACUCAUAUGUUUGCAAUAAUAAAGCGCAAAAGUAAUUGGGGAGGCAGUUUCUUGGCAAGAAGAGCAGUUGACGAUUCUCAGAAAAGUUGGACUUUCGAAACCUUUCCUGUUGAGAUAAGCUCAGUGACGUACAUUCAAAGCAACGAAUCUCAGGUGCCGGUAGAGAUAUCAAAACGGUGUCAACUAACAAAUUGCUCAUUAACCCAUUGACUAUAUUUUAUCAGUUUACAACUUUUCGAUAUUUUGAUCGACAGCUGAGAAAUAUCGUUUUGAAUGAACGGGUGCCCAGGUUUUUCUGAUUUUAAAAUUCCCUUGAACCCCCAGAUGAACAGAGCUAUUCCAUCAUCAAUCCGUGCUGAUUUGUACCCAAACUUAAGGGCCUCCAUCCAUUUCCUAACACAUUGACAAUUCAAACUGCAUCAAUCUCCUCGCUUGCCCCUCUUCGAUGAUUAGUGCUGCCUCCAAGGCCGUCCUUCUUCUCCCCUUUCGCCUCCUCAAAUCCUACCGUACUACCGUACACACCUGAAACAUUGCGCGAAAUGAACCAUGCGUGUGUAUGUUACAUUCGCAUUGUUCUUGACAUACACUUCUAUGUACAGUGAUACACACUCUCCGCCUUGGUUUUUUGCCUCCGACACUUUGUCUGGAGCGAGCGGGCGGCGGUGUGCGGCUUCCUCUUUUCCCGUCACGGUCAUUUUAAUGGGCUUCCCAAACUGACGGACUUGGAAGUGGAAGGAGGAGACAUUUCAAUCAAAACAAAACGACUUUUAAGGUGGAAAGACGAGUGAUUCAGAUGCAUUUAGAGGGCGAGUUUGAGGUGUUUGGGAGAAAAGAUUGAGGAGAGCUUGGCUAAAGUUUCAUUAAAACUACGGCACUCCAAUACCGUUCAUUAAAGAGGGUGUACCUCAGUUAUCUGUAGACAUAUCAGAAAGUGACCAACUAGGACUCUACAAGUAGCUCAGAUAUAUAGAUAUAUCGUUUGGAAUGAGAGGUAUUCACAGUGCGAAGUUAGGCUGACUGAUGAUGAGAUGAUUGAAAGUCAAAAGUGAAGUCAACUGUAUCUGUAACUUUUCAGGCCCGCGAACAAGACUACGACGACGAAGAUCUGCACCCGGCUCCGUCGAAGAUCACUCGCAAGAACCCGGUGCUCCCGGAGCCGCCGACGACCCCCCUCUCGCUGUUCCCGACCCUCCCAUCCCCAUUUCCGAACUUCUGCCUAUUUCCUUCGGAUCCCUCGAAGCCGUUACUCUUCAAUCCUCUUUCCCUGCUCCUCAUGCCCCAUUUAUUGAACUCGCGCAGCACUCCGCAUUCGGAAUCCUCGGAAGUUUCCGGUUCUUCCAAGACGCCCACGCCUGAAACUGUGGCCCCGCCCUCUUUUACCAUCGAAUCCAUUUUGAGCUCAUAG